GCCUCACAGCUUUGCCGCCUCGUCGCCUCGUAGCCUUGUCGCCCGGCGCCGCAGGUCCCGCAAGUUGCGAGAGAGCUGUGUGUCCAGGGAAACUUUCUCCGCGGCCGUGUUGCUGCAGAGUUUGCCCUGACGCUGUCAAGAGACCUCAAGGGCCCUGGGUACCUACCUGUAGGGAGAAGAGAAGAAACGAGCUGAAGGAGGGGGACACAUACUGGACAGGAUCAAGCCUGCAGGGGCCAGCCCUUCUGCCAUUGCCAUCACCACAGGUGAACUUGGAUGUGCCUUCUAGAAUUGUGGACAUAGCCUCUCUACAGAGUCCCCAGCACCACUUACCAGGGCAGGCCAUACUGGUGAGAGACACACAGGAGCCUGUUUAACCAGGAGACUCAGGCCUGCUGGCUCCGGAGAGCUGCCCAGGUGGAACAGCAUGGAGGGCGACUGUCUGAGCUGCAUGAAGUACUUGAUGUUUGUUUUCAACUUCUUCAUAUUUCUGGGAGGAUCAUGCUUGCUGGGCAUCGGCAUCUGGGUCCUGGUGGACCCCACCGGCUUCCGGGAGAUCGUGGCUACCAACCCUCUGCUGGUCACAGGCGCUUACAUCCUCCUGGCCAUGGGUGGCCUGCUGUUUCUGCUUGGCUUCCUGGGCUGCUGUGGGGCCGUCCGUGAGAACAAGUGUCUCCUGCUGUUUUUCUUCCUGUUCAUCCUCAUCAUCUUCCUGGCAGAGCUCUCGGCAGCCAUCCUGGCCUUCAUCUUCAGGGAUCAUCUCACCCGUGAGUUUUUCACCAAGGAGCUUACCAAGCACUACCAGGGCAAUAACGACACAGAUGUGUUCUCCGCCACCUGGAACUCAGUCAUGAUCACAUUUGGCUGUUGUGGGGUCAAUGGGCCUGAAGACUUCAAGUUGGCCUCGGUGUUUCGGAUGCUGACCCUAGACAGUGAAGAGGUGCCCAAGGCCUGCUGCCGGAGGGAACCCCAGACCCGAGACGGGGUGCUGCUGAGUAGGGAGGAGUGCCUGCUGGGGAGGAGCCUGUUCAUAAACAAGCAGGUUCCUGAUUUCCAGAUGUUUCUUCCAUGAGUCUCUGCUGCCUCCUGUAUGAGGACCUCACAGCCAUGUUGAUUUCCUAUCACUCAGCCUCCCUGGGCCCAAAUGUUUCUCUCUCACUCUUGUGUCCCAACUGAACCAUCUUUUCUUUUAAGAGCCUCCAGCAGGGGACCAUCUCCAGCUGGGUUCGAUCCAAAAUUCCCUUCCCCGAAGCCCAGGGCUUAUUUGUGACUGGCACAAGCCAUACUGCUGAAGAGUGGAGUUCCUCAGGGGUAACACUCUGACUGCUCUGGGCAUGGGGACUCAGGACAGUGCUACAGGGUCACUGGUCCCCAGGAGGAAGGAUGAUAGGAUAGACUAGGGUGCUAGUUUGCUGGUCUCAGUGACAAGUCAAUAUGAGGGCAGUACAUAAAGGCGUUUAUAUACUUUCAGGGUUGUGGGACCUUAUGGAUGAGGUUUGGGGAGUGUGGAGUAUGAGGUACCUUUGAAAUAUCCAAGCAGGCAUCAGGGUACCCACCAAGGAGCCCGGGAAGGGCUCUUCAGUGGUAAGAACAUGGGUGUUGCUUAGCUGCCAUUGUCUGAUUGGUUUCAGGGUGACUGUGGGUAGGAACAGGGGUAGAGGGUAUUUUCUCUAAGCAUAGAAAGGUGAUAUGACAUAUCUAGGCAUACCUAGGGGACAGUCUGGUGGCAUCUGAGGAGAGAUCCUCCCUGUGUCUCCCUGUGCCAGAUGAGCAGACCCCAUCAUGGGAUAGAACCUGAGGUGAUAUCCACAGUGGGUCAACCUGGGGAUCUAACGCAAGAUUUGGCCACAUAAGGAUGGAGCUCCCUAAGGCCUAGAUCCCUUCCCCUUUUGACAGAAGGAAGAGGGAGCACAGACCCUCUCUGAAUCUCGGCUUCCUCUCUGUGUGUGCAUGACCGUGAGCUACCCACCUGCUCUCUCCCCACUUCCUCAGAGGUAAAAUAUGGAUAAACCAUUCCUCGCUAGGGGCUGCAUUGAGGACCAAAUGAUGGAAGGCCCAUGAGCCCAGCAAGCUCCUGACAGAAGGGACGCUCACUAAGUGUAGUGACAUUGUCCCCUCUGCCCCACCCCACCUAAGGGCUUCCCUGUACCUGGGGAGCCUCCACAAACCCACCUUCUGCUUGGUUCAGGCCACUUGGUUCUUGGGUCUGUGUGUGUCUGGUUAGAGCUGGCUUGCUCACUCCUUGGGGCUCCAGGAAGAAUAGGAUUCCCCUUGCCCAGCUUCUGGCCAGCCUCCACUAGGCAGGUACCAUGGCUCUGUCCUCAGUCAGGUUGUACUGUCUACCUGCCCAGACACAGCCUCCCAUGUCCACUUCCAGACAGACACUAGACUUCUGGUGAGGGACAGUAGGAGCACCAAAAUCUCAAUCUCAACAGAACUAAAAUCUAGCUGUCACCCAACACAGAUAGGCACAGCCCCACCCUACUCUACUACCAGGACUUGUCCCCUUAGAGGUCUUCCAGCUAGGCCCAAAGAAUACACAAGCAUUUAGAAAAGAAAAAGAACUCGGGGGCUGG